CCUUAUCUUUCUCCUUUCUGUUACUUGCUAUAUUAUCUCGCUCCAUCAGCAGCAAAGGAAGAAACCCAACAAAAAUCAAACCAAAAGAGCGCUGUUGAAUGGACGGGCUUUCUACAUUUCAAACCCAGAGUCCUCGGCAUCCUAUUUCUGAUUGUUCAUUGUCUUUGUCCGGCGUUGCAUUGGCGGAGUCAAGAUGGCGCAGGCAAAGAUGGGAACUGGUGGUUUUCAGUGAAGAGCAUAUUUUGUUACAGUCCCUUGAUAAGAUUCGGGUGGACGUCAUUUCUUUGCUUUUGCUUUUUAUUUUGACCGUUUCUAUUGGGGCGGCUAUAUGCAUUUGUAAAAAUAGACUUUUAGGCCUUGUGGCCAUGGGAGAUUAGCGUUCAGAUUUGUCGUUAUGCCAAAUUUAUGAUUUCCAAUUC